AUGGAAAAACCUUCGUUGUCUUUCUUUAUUAUGUGUUUUUCGUGCUUCAAAAAUGUGGAAUACGGAAACUGUCUCCUGUUUCACAAUCCUGACAACAGCACAACGACCGAUCACAAUUCAGUGCUAACAGAUUCAGCAACAAUACAUCAUCUUCCAGAAAAACAGAUUUCGUCCCUGGAGAACACAGUUCGACUUCUUACAGAAAAAGUUUUGAGUCCCGAAAGGAAUAAAUCUACUGCUGAAAAUGAGAUAGCCGAUUUAAAACAGCGACUAAGAACCACUGAAAAACAGAAUGCUGUAUUGUCUCAAAAAUUCACAAGCCUAGAAGACAAUUAUGAAAACAAGGACAUCAACAAGACGAUAAAGCAAAUAUUUUCAGACAUUCGCCAAGGCCGCCUUGUAUCACAAAACUUUGUUAAGUUGGAAUCCAGUGUUUUAGAUAUGCAGAAUCAUGUCGGAUUUACUGCUCGAGCAACAAGAAGCAACUCCUGGACUGGUUCAACUCUUGUGUUUAAUACACUGAUUUACAGCACGGUGGUGGUUAUGAUACGUCCACAGUUUACGAUUGAUAUGGCUACCGCCCAAGGACAGGACUUCAUUUGUUGUCAGCUUUGCCCAAAUCCUGUGGAACAUCACUGCAAUCUUUGCAAUGUGGACCUAUGUCUCUCGUGCAUACCAAAUCACAUGGCCGACAAAUCAAAGAAACACGAGGUUGUCGCAUACACCUCCAGAGAGGAAAACACUUUUAUUCUUCCAACAUGUUCAUUGCACAAUAAAAACCGAUGCGAGAUGUUUUGUCGAAGCUGUGAAGAAGCAAUAUGCAUUCAAUGUCUGAUGGGUUCACAUAAAAAUCAUGAAUAUGUUGAUAUCACAGAGAUUCUUCAAAACAUUAAAAAGCAAAUUCUAGCUGACACAAAAGAUCUAGAAACUACUAUUGUUCCAAAAUACAUCCAUACAGAAGAAAAAACUGUUGAUGCAGAAUUUGAUAAAGUCAUCUCCGACAUAGAAAUACAUGAAGAAAAAAUCUGCCAAGCUGUAAGUGAAGUAUGCAUUCAAUUAAAAGCUGAGAUAACCAAGCAGAAGGAAGAAGCUGUAAAAAGGAGUGAAGAAGACCUGGAGGAGAUAGUAAAAACUGAAGAAGAAGUCAAACAAAUAAUUCAGAAAAACAAAUAUAUCCUUAGAAGUAAUGAUUCCUCAGCAAUAAUAAACUAUCAAUCAAGGAAUAAGGAUUUUCGUACAGGCCCAGAAUUUCUUAGACCUUGCAAUGAGAUACUUCCUGAUUGUGUUGAACAAGGCUUAAUAGUCAGCAUGUUUGGUUUUCUAAAAUUCGGUAAUGACUCGAUGAGACAGCCUAGAAUGCUUAAGAUGAUGGAUAAUCCAAAAUUAAUAAGCACAAUCCAAACCCCUUAUGACAAGGAUAAUCCUCUAUUGAAAUUGCAUUGUGCUGGGAGAUAUAGGAUCAUUACUAGUGGAAGAGAAAAAAAAAUCAGACUUAUAGACACAUCUAAAUCCAUUUCACAAACAAUCCAUAUCAAUGGAAUUGUUUCUGCAUUGACUAGUAAUUUACAAGAAGAACCAGUGUUUAUUCUAACAAAAAUUCGUGAAUUUGGGAAAGUUUAUAUCUAUCAGAAGAACAAGGCAAAGAGUUUACUAGAAAUUCCUAACUGGGAUUUUGUUGGACUAUGUUAUACAGUUUAUGCAGAUCUACUGGCGAGCAUGCGCUCGAGGGAUAAGAUGCAGAGUCGAGUAAUUAGGUACUCAGAGCCAAAAGUGAUUCAGAGUAUGCAGUAUGACUGUAAGAGGCAACCUUUGUUUUCUACUGGUUCUUUAAGUCCGCUUCGCUUGACUGAAAAUGGCAAUGGGGAUAUCUGUGUUGCUGACACUGCUGGAAAGGCAGUUGUUGUGAUGAAUUUUUGUGGUAGACUACGAUUCAGGUAUAGAGGCAAUUUAUCUAAACAAUCAAACUACACCGAAUUUAGCCCAGUCAAAAUUGCUUCGGAUGUCCAUAAUCAAAUACUGAUUUGUGAUAGGUCAAACAACAUAGUCCACAUAACUGAUUGUGAUGGUAAUUUUGUCCGUUAUAUCGAAUAUCCGUGUAAUGGAGGAAUAAGUAUUGAUACGGAUCACAAUCUAGUCCUUGGAGACUCUAAUUCUGGAAAAAUUCAAUUUAUAAAGUAUCUGGAGUGA